UGGUCCUGCUGGUUGUUUGUCCGCCAUAAUCUUACAUUUGGCGCGCUGUCUCCCCUCUCAAGUCGCAUCGCAUAAGUCAAUUCUGUCGCACAAGCUGACCGGAUCCGACCAAGCGCACCCACGUGGGAGGUACCCCACCCGAUCAUGGCCACGCAAGAUGCGCCUCCUCACUUUGGAGCCGAACUCAAGGAUGCCUUUAAACCCGUCAAUCACUGGGUCUCGCAUGGGAUAUCAUGGCUGGACGAAAUCCAACAAUUCUACCGCGAACGCAGCGCCAUUGAGAAGGAAUAUGCAGCCAAGCUGACGGGUCUCUGCAAAAAAUACUCCGAUCGCAAAGCGAAGAAGAUCAGCACCUUGAGCGUCGGCGACACGCCAACUAUGACCCCUGGCUCCCUCGAAAGCGCUUCCCUCACGACAUGGACCACCCAAUUGACGGCGGUUGAAGCCCACGCGGCGGAACGCGACCAGUACGCUACGGAUCUGGUGGUGCAGGUGGCAGAGCCCAUGAAACAAUCAGCCACGCAGUACGAGGAGCUGCGGAAGUGUCAUGUCGAUUUCUACGGGAAGCUUGAGAAGGAGCGCGACGCGUCGUACAGCGAUCUCAAAAAAAUGAAGGGCAAGUAUGACGGCGCGUGCCAAGAAGUCGAGGCCCGGCGGAAGAAGAUGGAGAGCUCGUUCGACCACAACAAGCCUAAGUCGCAGGCUGCAUAUCAGCAGCAGAUCCUCGAAAUGAAUAAUGUCAAGAACACGUACCUGAUCACCAUCAACGUGACCAACAAGUUGAAGGAGCGCUUCUACCACGAAUACGUCCCGGAGCUUCUUGAUGGUCUACAAGACUUGAAUGAGACUAGGGUCACAAAGCUCAACUCUCUAUGGUCACUCGCGGUGCAACUUGACAAGACGUAUCUGUCGCGUAGUAUGGAACACAUGUCGAAAUUACUCAUGGAGAUCCCGCGGAAUCUUCCGCACCUCGAUUCGCUCAUGUUCGUGCGACACAACGCCACGCAAUCAACGGAGCCACCCAACCUCACCUUUGAGCCCAGCCCUGUCUGGCACGACGACGAUGCGCUAAUUACAGACGAGUCCGCCAAGGUGUUUCUGCGCAACCUCCUCAGCAAGAGCAAAACACAAGUGCGCGACUUACGAGUCGAAGCGGACGAGAAACGACGCGACGUGGAUGGCGUGCGACGAGUCCGACAGAACGUCCAGCAAGGAAAAGACACGCGGAGCGAAGUGGAGGUGGUCCGAUCCAUCUUCUUAUUACAGGGUACAUUGCACGACGUGGAGCGGAAGAAGCUGACGGUAGAGGUGGAGACCGCAACCAUCAUGUCAGCUGUGGGCGAUCUUUCGCUCGGAGCCAGGAACCACAAUUUCAAAUCGCAAACGUUCAAGAUCCCGACGAAUUGCGAUCUGUGCGGGGAACGGAUAUGGGGCCUAUCAGCCAAGGGAUUCGACUGCCGGGAUUGCGGGUACACAUGUCACAGCAAAUGCGAGAUGAAGGUACCGGCGGAAUGCCCAGGCGAGCUGAGCAAGGAAGAUCGGAAGAAGGCCAAGGCCGAGCGACAAGAGCACGCCAGUGCCACGCCGGUCGUCGACCUCGAAUCACCAAGCACAUCCUCCGUGGCGCCGUCUCUCACGCGACAGAACACGAUGAACUCGCUCAGCUCAGGCUACGCCGCCAGCGCCCAACGCUCGAUGUCCAACGUAGGAGCCCUAACCCCGGGCGAACCCGCAUCGCCAGUCCCGGCACCAAUCCAGGAGACCAAACCUCCAGCCGCCAAGCGAGGGCGCGUUCUCGCCCCGCCCCCUACGCAGUAUAUUCCUCCACCCCCGGUUGUGGAUUCACCGGGGCCUACCCAACGCGGGAAAAUGGUAUACGAUUACCAAGCGGGCGGACCCGACGAGGUUAGCGUCCAAGAAGGCGAAAACAUCUCUAUAAUCGAGCCAGACGACGGAUCCGGAUGGAUCAAAGUCCGCGUCGGAUCGCAAGAAGGCCUCGUACCGGCCUCCUACGUAGAAGUCGCACCCAUGUCAUCCCCCAUGCCCGCACCCCACCUCGACCGGCCCGACUCAAUCUACUCAAACUCAUCCGCCUCCCUAGCAAGCAGCGCAAUGGGCAAAAAGGUCGGACCAGCGGUAGCCCCACGGCGAGGGGCCAAGAAGCUCAAAUACGUGGAAGCACUGUACGACUACGAAGCGCGCAGCGACAUGGAGUGGAGCAUGACGGAGGGAGACCGGUUCGUGCUGAUCAACCGGGACACGGGCGACGGAUGGGCGGACGUCGAGCGCGGCGGGGCGACCAAGAGUGUGCCCGCCAACUACAUCCAGGAGGUAUAGUCGUGAAGUGUAGGUAGUUGCAGUGGUACAUUGGGAAUUGUUUUGCAUCAGGCAUGGGGGAGCAUUGGAGCACUGGUCUGUUUGGGGGUUUCAGUCGGAUCAUCCUGUGCAUGGUUGAUUGGCGUGUCGUCUGCUAUCUGCAGUAGGCGUCCAUGUCGCAUUGCCUCGACAGAGGCUUGUCUAUAGAAAUGGAGUGAAAAUAUCAUUACGGC